AUGAAACGCCGAGGAAGAGACAUCACAUACGAAGAAACUGAAGCUGUCUUCUCGUCUUCUAAUGGGUUAUCUUUGUUGCCCGAAGAGAUGGUUCUCGUCUUAAGUUGCUUGGCCCGCGUCUCAAGAUCGGACCAUGCUAACUUAUCUCUCGUCUCCAAGUGGCACCGUUCUAACGUAUCUAUAGAGGCUUAUGCAUCCCUCCAGACUCAAACCCACGCUGGUUCACCUUCACCCUCUCCAUGGAAACCGUUAACCGGCCGCUGGUCCCAGUCCGGUCUAACUUCUACCAGCCUCCGGAAGCAUCUUCUAUGGUGGCUCAUGAUUGUGGGAUCUACAUCAUGGGUGGUAGGAUUGGAGGGAGAGCCUCGUCGAGUGUCUUGUUUCUGGAUUGUCGAUCUCACACGUGGAGCACUCUCCCCUCUAUGGUGGUGGCUCGAUAUUCAGCUGCAGCCGGCGUGGUGGACGUACGGUAAGAUAUAUGUAAUGGGAGGGUGUGAUGACUCGAAGUCCAGCAAGUGGGGAGAGGUUUUCGACCCAAAGAAGCAGACUUAG